GUAUUUUAUACCCUGCUGAUUUUGAAUGUUUGCCCACUCACAAAGAAAUGAUCAGUCUAAAAAUUGAAUGGUAGGGGCAGACGGACAAAUCAUGGGGCCCCCGGGCAAUAGGGGAUCAUGGGGCCACUGUGUCCUUGCCCAAACUCAAAAAAGCCUAUGAAAAAGGUACCAGGGGCAUCUCAUGGGGCCCCUACUGACCCCGGGCCCUCGGGCAGUGCCCGAGUUUCCAAAUGAUCAGUCCGCCCCUGUUG